UUACUAUCUCAACUUCCCUUUCUCAGGCCUGGUACAGGUGUCUGUUGGGUAAGCAGAGGUUGGGAGUUUCCCUCACUUCCCCAGAGAAGGUCACAGUGGGGGCCCUGCCCCAAGCACCCUAACUCAGGACUUCAGUUUCCUGCAGGGGAGAAAUCAGACAGGGAGCAGGCCUGGUCCUGGCUCUGGUGCUCUGCCUUCCCACGUGCCCAUGACCUCUCCCAGCCUGGUGCUAAGCCGUGUCAUGAGUCUGGACCAGGUGGGAGAUAAACUCUUAAGCAUGGAGGUGCUUUGGGGCUGGGAAGGGGGAGGAAUGACAGGUCCAAGGUCACCAACAGGGAGAGGCAGCUGCCAAACUUGAUAUAUCCCUCCUCCUGGGAGUCCAUGUCAGAGGUAGUCAGAAACCCCAGCUGGAAAAGAGCGAGAAGGGGCAGGCCCUGGUUGCCUGCCUGUGCCAAGCCCUGGCUUCAGCCAGCAGGCUUCAGCCUCCCUGACUCCUCCCCCAAGUCCUCCCUCACAUACACUUAAUAGUUCUGGUGCCCAGUCCACCCUCUGAGGACUUUGGCCUUAGCUGCAGUUCAGGUGAGAGCCUAGGGAGGCCGGGAGCAAAGUUUCUCAAACAAAGCAAAAGAAGAAGCUUCCAGUGUUACAGUACCUGCUAACUUUCCGAGAGGAGCGUCAGCUGCCACCUGCAGAUCGCUUGGCUCCAGCCAUGUGGCUGCCUCUGCUGCUGGGGGUCUUACUCUGGGCAGCACUGUGGUUGCUCAGGGACUGGCAGAGCCUGCCAGUCAGUGAUGCCUUCGUCUUCAUCACCGGCUGUGACUCUGGCUUUGGACGCCUUCUGGCACUGAGGCUGGACCAGAGAGGCUUCCGAGUCCUGGCCAGCUGCCUGACGCCCUCGGGGGCCGAGGACCUGCAGCAGGUGGCCUCCUCUCGCCUUCACACCACCCUGCUGGACGUCACUGAUCCCCAGAGUGUCCAGCGGGCAGCCAAAUGGGUGGAAACCCAUGUUGGGGAAACAGGGCUUUUCGGUCUGGUGAAUAAUGCUGGGGUGGCAGGUGCCAUUGGGCCCACGCCAUGGCUGACGCAAGAUGACUUCCACCAGGUGCUGAAUGUGAACACACUGGGCCCCAUCAGGGUCACCCUCGCCCUGCUACCUUUACUACAGCAAGCCCGGGGCCGGGUGGUUAACAUCAGCAGCGUCUUGGGUCGCCUGGCAGCAAAUGGUGGGGGCUACUGUGUCUCCAAGUUUGGCCUGGAGGCCUUCUCGGACAGCCUGAGGACAGCAAGGAGGGACGUGGCUCCUUUUGGAGUACAAGUCUCCAUCGUGGAGCCUGGCUUCUUCCGAACCCCUGUGACAAAUCUGGAGAGUUUGGAGAAUGCCCUGCAAGCCUGCUGGGCACGGCUGCCUCCAUCCACACAGGCACUCUAUGGGGAUGACUUCCUUGCCAAGUACCUGAAAGUGCAGCAGCGUGUCAUGAACCUGAUCUGUGACCCAGACCUGACCAAGGUGAGCAGGUGCCUGGAGCAUGCCCUGACUGCCCGUCACCCCAGAACCCGCUAUAGCCCAGGCUGGGAUGCCAAGCUGCUCUGGCUGCCAGCCUCCUACCUGCCAGCCAGCCUGGUGGAUGCCGUGCUCACCCAGGUGCUUCCCAAGCCAGCCCAGGCAGCCUACUGAAUCCAGCCUUCCAGCAAGAUCUUUAUUUCUGCCGCCACCCUGGUACUGCCUAGUGCCUGACACAAAACAGGCACUCAAUAAAUGUGUAUUUUAAAAAUAAAAGUAGACAGAAAUGAA